AUGGUUACUAAAGGAGGAUUAACUGGAUUACCUGCUAAGUUCUUAAUUGAGAAAGCUCUCACCUUGUCACAAGAAAGAAAGGAAGAAGACUUUGAAGCUGUUUUUGCCCUGUUGGUGUAUGGAUUGUUCUUGUUCCUUAACAUUAACAACUUCGUUGAUAUGAAUGCCAUCAAGAUCUUUAUGAAGAAGAAUCUGGUUCCUACCUUACUUGGGGACACUAACUAUUAUAUUCAUCUCAGAAAUUCUUAUGGAAAGAGAAUGAUUACUUGUUGUACUCCUUUGCUAUACAAGUGGUACAUAUCUCAUCUACCCGACACCUCUGAAUUCUGGAGCCAGAAAGAAGGACUGAAAUGGUCACAUAAGAUCAUGGCUCUUACCAACACUGAGAUUGUUUGGACAAAAAAUCACUUCUGUAGAAUGAAGACCUUGGACUGCUGUGGUGAUUUCCCUAAUGUGCCCCUCAUUGAAAGAGUUGAGAACAAAGAGUUUAGAGAAAGGAUUGCUAAUGCUUGGCAUCCAAGCCAUAGCAAAGAAAUCAAAGAUUGGAAGACCAAAGAGGAUAUCUCUCCUGAGUCCUUUGAUAGUUGGGUCACUACCAGAGCUGCUGAAAUGAGAAUGCCUAUUCUCCCUGGAACAUCUGCACCCCCAAUUGAGGAGUAUGUUCCACCCAUUAUAGUUCCUUCAACAAUUAAAAGUCUCCAAGAAGCUCUAAAAAAGAUGAAGAAAUCAAGAGACCAUUGGAAGAAGAAGUUUGAGUAUUCCGAUGCUGAAUUGAGAAUUUUGGAAGAAUCCUAUGAAGAAGUGUUGAAAGAAAAGAACAAUCAACUAUUCCUUAAAAACACUUGGCUCAUAGCUAAGGAUGCCACUAUUGCCAAAUACGAAAGAGAGAAGAAAAGGAAGCAAAAAGAAGAAGCUCUCCUACAUAAAGAAGCUGCAUGGACGAGUAUUAUUGAUAAGCUAGAGAAGGUCAAGCCGAAGAAGAAGACUCAAGAUGAUAUGGAUACUUCUCAUUAA